CAUAAGAGAUCCAAGAUACCUCAUAGCCACACACAAAUGUCCAUCCUCAUACCGCUUCUACUACCUAGCGUCGUGAAUGCUACCGCCAAUGUCGCCUUGGGCAUCACGAAUGCGGUCCAGGGUACCAGCACUAAUGUCUCUUUCAAGAUCGGGAAUCGGGUCUUUACGACAAGUCCUCCGUUCCCGUUCGAGAAAUUACCUCCCGAACUACGGAUGGAGAUCAUCGAGAUGGCACUGGAGAUGAGCAAAGAACUGAUCCUUCCGCCCAUGGACUUUGUACCGGCUUUCCAGCCUCUGGGACCUACCCUCCAAGAUGCUGCCGAUCUGCACCGGAACAACCCUCUCAACCCGGAGAACCCUCACUACCGAUCGAUCGUGGGAGAGACUCGGUCCGCGAACGGUUACCCUUUGAGCAGUUGGAAGUGGAUGAAGCUGGGUACCGAGUGGAGAGAUUAUCUGAGGAGGAAGCUGUGGACCAAGUGUUCCAUCACCUCGACGUAUUCAUACCGGCAAUUCGACAAGAUCCUCGAACGUCCCGACUUUGAUAUAUUUUCGUUCGUACGCGAGUUGGAACUACAUCAAGGUUUCGGGGAUCCGACCUCUCUUUACGCCCUGAUCCGACACCCACAAUUGACACAUCUCGAAUCUCUAUCGAUCUUGCCUCUCUAUCCGUACUCUCCCUCCCCGUUCGAGAACGUCCUACCGCCCUUCGACUUUGGCCUCCAAUUGAUCCCCGUCCCGAGCGAGACUCGACCGCGGCUCAAACACUUGACGCUCGGUCUACCGCUCGAACUCACCACCAAUGCGGCUCAACGUCAACACCUCGGACAACUCAAACCGGAAAAGUUUAGCAUGACCGUGCUGCGUCCCUCGAACGCGCUAUUCGGCGAGCUCGCUACCGCCCUGUCCGAGGUUACAGACACGUUGAGCAUCCGAUACUUGAGCGUCUCUGCCCACCGGGAGCUAUCCGACCCGGCCUCCUUCGUAUGCUCGACGCUGGACGCUUUCAAGCACGUCCACUUGCAUCUCCCAGCCAGAGCCAACUCGGCCUUCCGCCACCCUUACAUCGGUCGGAUGGACGAACGGAUCACGUUUGCCGAUCGGAUUAUCGAUCUGAUCCUCGCCGAUAAGGAGCGACAAGAACGGUACACCGUCUGGAUAGAAGACUAUCGAGGAGGUUUCAACUUGGAUCUCAGUCGACGUGAAGAGAUACUCUAUCAGCCCGCGGAGAAGGACAAGAUCUUGUUUGAUAUCGGGUUGCAUGACCUGGAUGAAAAUCCACCGGCCGAGAGCGGGCCGUCUACCAUACAGAACUCUACGGUGACGGUGGUCGGCGGGCCGGAGACGACCGUUAAGAAACCGACGGCCAAGGGGAAAGACAGCGAGAAGUCGUGGGAGCGGGAGACGAACCUCAAGCUCCUCGGUGGGCUCAUCUCGUUGCGUCUCGAGAGCAAGAAAAGAUGAGAGCGUCAGGGUCGCUCGAUCAUACUACUACUGUAUCCAUGCUGUCGUUACUAUUUGUUUCUCUACCUUGUACUUCUUUUGUAUCGAUCCGGGUCAUGGUCAUUUGUACGGAUUUGCAAUUAUACCUAAGUGGAAAGAUACUGUAUAGCCCUCUCCCCGACCCUACGCUUCCACAACGUCGAGC